GAGUGUGUGCUUGUGAAAAAUUUUUGUAAAAUCAAUGAAAGCAGAAAACAAAGGAAAAAAUUCAGUGUAAAUAAAAGGAUUACAACAAGAGCAGAAGGAGUAGUGUAGUGUAAAAAUAAAAUAAAAUCGCUACUACUACGUUGGCUAGUUUGUGAGAAAAUAGCAACAAAAACUGGCUGCCGAAACAGCCAAAAUAAAAGCAAGAAUAGUAAAGAGACAAACAAGCAGAAAACAAAGACAGAAAAACGCUAUAUAAGACAAAGUGCAGCUGAAGUAGAAGACAAAUAAAUAAACAAUAAUGCUCCUUAGAAGUUGGACAAAUGUGAUUUCAUAGUGUCCCCAUUUAAUGCACGUCAAAUCAUCGCAUUCAAUAAACUGCCAUUAUUGCCAACUGUCGACAAACAAAAAGUAUGCAAAAUAUAACAUAAAUGAAGAAAUAGAAACGCAUUUAGCAAAACUUUCAACAAAAGGCAAAGAAACUACCUUUGAUCCUAAGUCCUAAGAAAUUUAACAAAAAUGGCACACAGCGUACGACUAAAAUCGCGCACACCAUACAGAUAGGACCGCUGGUCGUUUCUUGACAAUUAGGUGAAGAAAAUUAAAAAAAAAAAAAACUUACACAAAAAUACUCCAUAAUCAACCAAUCAUACAACCAUAAUGAAGGAAAAGCACAAAAACACUUACAAAAUGACUCGCUUAAGGACUUGCAGAUCAGCGUACAAAAGCUGCACACUGAGCGUAGCAACACGGAGCUUCAACAACUCGCUGGUUGGCAGCGGGAGCGCCUACAACAAAAGUUGUUAUCAUUUGCUUGGGUCUCUACAGUGGCUGCCUAAUUUGCUGAUUUUGGUUAUCACUGCGCUGCUGGCGGGGAGUGUGCUGCUUCCUGGUGUGGCGCAGGCUUCAACGCUGGAUAUCUAUAAGAAUGCGCGCCUCGGUCAUCGGAUAGUUCAGACGCGCUACGGCCGCUUGCAUGGACUAAUUUUGCCACUGGAUAAUUUUCGAUUUUUACGCUCGGUAGAGGUGUUCCUCGGUGUGCCAUAUGCGACGCCACCGACUAAGCAAAAUCGGUUUAGUCCGACACGUGCGCCAGCACCGUGGGAUGGUAUACGCAUUUCGGACAAGUACAGUCCCGUUUGUCCGCAACGUCUGCCCAACAUACAAAAUGAGACGGCGGCGCUGGAGAAAAUGCCAAAAGGGCGGCUGGAGUAUCUAAAAAGGUUGCUGCCAUUCUUGGAAAAUCAAUCAGAAGACUGCCUCUACUUGAAUAUAUUUUCGCCAAUUAAUGCAGGCGCCAGCGAAAAGAAAUUGCCCGUAAUUGUGUUCAUACACGGCGAAUCGUUCGAAUGGAGCAGCGGAAAUCCCUACGACGGCAGCGUGCUGGCGAGCUACGGCGAAGUGGUCGUUGUAACGCUUAAUUACCGCUUAGGAAUUCUGGGCUUCCUCAAUGCCAACCCCAACCCGCAGGCACAUGCGCGCGUGGCCAAUUACGGUCUCAUGGACCAAAUGGCCGCUCUGCAUUGGAUUCAGCAGAAUAUACAGAAAUUCGGCGGCGACCCGAAUGCAGUCACGCUGGCGGGGCAUGGCACUGGCGCCGCUUGCAUCAAUUUUCUCAUGACAUCGCCGACAAUGGUGCGCGGCCUCUUCCAUCGCGCCAUACUCAUGUCCGGCUCGGCGUACUCAUCCUGGGCACUGGUCGAGGAUCCAGUCUUGUUCGCCGUCAAAUUGGCGAAGGAGUUGAAUUGUUCGAUACCAGAGGAUUUGAAUAAGCAUCACGAGCAGAUAGUCGAUUGUCUGCGCGAAGUGCCGCUGGAGGAUUUGUAUGCAGCUGAUAUACAGGCGCCGAAUUUUUUAACAUCCUUCGGACCAUCGGUUGAUGGUGUCGUUAUACGACCCGGUCAUUCCAAUUUCGAUAUCGAUGAUUUAAUGAUGCGCAGCGCCAAACGCGCCUCAGCAGAUGGCGGUAUCAAUGCUUUCUUUACCGGUGGCGCUUAUGCGGGCAGCGCGGGUGGUGGCGGCGGCGGUGGCAAUGGCUUCGGCAGCGCUGGUUCUGCUGGUAGCAAUGGCGGUGGUGGUGGUGGGGGCGGCAGCGGUGGUGGAUCCUCAGGUGGCGCCUACUAUAGCGCGCUGACUGCGAACUAUCCGAGCAUGAGCAGCGGCGCCAACCUCGGCUUGGGCGGCAAUGGCGCUCACUACGAUGUGCUAUUCGGCGUGGUGACCGGCGAGUCUAUUUGGCGUUUCAGCGCACAUGAUAUACAGAAUGGCUUCGAGGGCGAGCGGCGCGAUAAGAUUAUUCGUACUUAUGUCCGGAAUGCCUACAAUUAUCAUCUCAAUGAGAUUUUCUAUACGAUUGUCAACGAGUACACCGACUGGGAUCGCACUUCGCAACAUCCGAUCAAUACACGUGACACUGCCGUCGCAGCACUAUCGGACGCCCAAUUCGUGGCGCCAAUUAUACGCACUGGCGAUCAGUUGGCAGCCAAUUCACCGCCACCCAUAUCGACUAGCAGUGGCGCGGGUGGUGGCACAGCCUCGGCCUCGACUGCGUCAGGUGCACAAUCGGGUCGCUGCUAUUUCUAUGUCUUCGACUAUCAGACCAAAGAUGGCGAUUAUCCACAGCGUAUGGGCACAGUGCAUGGCGAGGAUUUGCCCUACAUAUUCGGUGCGCCCUUGGUAGAUGGUUUCAGUCAUUUUCCACAGAACUACACAAAAUCGGAGAUUGCACUCUCCGAAGCGGUGAUCAUAUUUUGGACGAAUUUUGCAAGAACGGGUAAUCCCAAUGAGCAUCAUCGACAGGAUUCAGUGUUGCCCGCCUCCAAAGAGCGAAAUCGCUUUCGCAGCACCACCUGGGAAAACUACGAUCCACUGCAUCAAAAAUACCUCGAAAUCGGCAUGAAGCCCCGCAUCAAGAAUCAUUUUCGCGCGCAUCAGCUUUCGAUUUGGCUGCGGCUCAUACCAGAGUUGCAUCGUACCGGCAUGGAAGAUGUCAUUACGCGUCACAAUUUAUUUAAAAAUCAUGAUGACAUGGAUUUGUAUGAAGGACCUGUGAAACCGGAUCCGUUUGCCUCGACACGUCUGCUACUCAUCGAUGAUGCGCUGUUGCGCAAGGCUGGACGUGGCGGCAACUUGACGGCCGGCUAUAUAAGCGGCGUCUUGGGCGUGACCACCGUCGAGCCGAACAUGUUCACCACAUGCAUCCCAGUGGGUGGCAAUUACACUCCUGGUGCCGGUGCAGCCACAAGCGGCGCAUUCGCUCCCAACACACUGGCCAACUCGUCCAGCGACUCACUGUCCUCCGGAUUCGAAGCAGCCGGCUAUGCGGCCUACUCCACAGCGCUUAGCGUGACCAUCGCCAUCGGCUGUAGUCUGCUCAUCCUCAACGUGCUCAUUUUCGCCGGCGUCUACUAUCAGCGCGACAAGACGCGGCUGGAGGUGAAGACACUGCAAAAGCAAUACCAACAGCGCAGCAUGCACCAGCAGGUGCCCUACCCGCCAGACCCCAUCAAGCACGCCCACUACCACAUGGGCCACUCACAGAGCGCCAAUGUGAUUGUCGACGUGGAAAAUCAUGGAGGCGAUCAGGGCGCCAUGCUGCUGGCUGCUGCUGCGGCGGCAGCUAACGCAGCUGAUGUUAAGCCACCGCCGCCGCAUAUUUGUGCCAACAGUGGCAUGCAACUCAGCGCCACAUUGCAACAGCAACAGCAGCAGGGUGGUGGUAGUAGUGUUGACCUAUGUGGCAUGUCGGCAGCCGCCAAGCAGCAGCAACAGCAACAAGGUGGUGGGAUUAUGGUCAGCGGGUCACCAGACGUGGCCGCUGGCCUGAUGGGAGGCAGCGGCGGCUGCAACGUGACUUAUAGCACGACAACCAAGCAACAGCAACAGCAACAGCAGCAGCAACAACAUAUGCAACAACAUCAACAACAACAACAACAACAGCAGCAGCAGCAGCAACAACAACAACGUGAGCACAUGCAGAUCAAAGGCAUGAGUUCACAAACAUUCGGGCGCGCUGCGACAAACGUCGGCGGUGGUGGAGGUGGCGGCAUUGGAAAUGUUACCAUGACCAGCAAUCUCGCCUAUAAUCCCGGCAUGAUGACGCUGCCCAAAGCGGGCACAUUACAUCACACAAGCUCAAUAAACUAUGGACGCAACCCAGGUGGUGGCGGCGGCGGCGGCGGCGGCGUCGGAGUGGGUGGCAGUAGCGGCAAUGGUGGCGGUGGCAUGACCGCCGCGCUGCUCGACUCACGCGGCAAUUUAUUACUAACCAGUGGCACAGGUGUCGCCAUGGGCGAUUGCAUGACAUUGCCCAGGAAUCUAGCUGCUUCGGCUACUCGACACAGCGCAGCGGCAGAUCAAAAACAAACUUUUGAUAAAAAAUUAAAAUUUGCUGGCAUGGCAGUAGAUGCAUUGUAA